AUGACAACACCAUGUUCGUUUUGUAAUGCACUUCUGUUCCCAAACGAGAACCACAAUUGCUGCCACAAAGGCAAAGUUCAAUUACCACCAUCGCCACCUUAUCCAACUGAACUCAAAGACCUGUUUACAACAAGUACUCCACAAGCGCGUAAUUUCAGAGCCAACAUCCGCAAUUACAAUAGCUCCAUGGCGUUUGCAUCCUUCGGUGCCAACAUUGUGACCCCACCAGGCCGUGGCCCUUAUGCCUUCAGACUUCAUGGACAAGUGUACCACAGGUCUGGCUCACUUCACCCUCCACAAGGUACUACACCAUCCUUCAGCCAACUCUACAUUUUAGACGCGGGCCAAGCACUACAAGCCAGGAUGCAACAACCUGCCAAUCAACAAUGUCUUCCUGAUGUCAUGUCGCUCCUGCAAAGAGUCCUCCAAGAAACCAAUCCAUAUGCCGCCUCCUACAAACACAUGCAAGAGGUCGAGGCAGAACAACUUCGCCUAGCAGAUGAGAAUGGUACACCACCCCCAGCUGUAACCAUGCACAUAUUGAGAGGCGGUGACCAACGCCGCUAUAAUGAUCCGAGACAAGAUGAGAUAGCAGUUGUCUUUUCAUCACCAGAUGGCGCACCUCCACAUAAUAGGGACAUUGUUGUGCAUCCCAAAGAUCAACCACCCCAGCGAAUUAGUCACCUGUCAUCCAACAUCGACCCCAUGGUUUACACCAUCUUCUAUCCAUUCGGAGAAUUAGGUUGGCAGUACCACAUGCAACAUUUACCGGUAUACAAUAUGCCACAGUCGACUGGCCAAACAUUCAACUCCGUGCGGAGCACGGGUAUUUGCUAUUAA